AUGAAGGCGAGGCCAACGCCGCAAAACCUGAACCCUACCAGGCCUAAACUGGACAGCACGGGAUUUGAACUCCCCAAGGGCACCUCCCGCUCCUUCCAAGCUCCCACCGGCUGGUCCGACCGUUUCUGGGGACAAACCGGCUGCGAUAUCGACGAUCCUGGCAGAGGUUCCUGCGCCACCGCCGAUUGCGGUUCCGGCCAAAUCGAAUGCAACGGGGCCGGCGCCAGCCCCCCUGCCACUUUAGCCGAGUUCACUCUCGGAUCCGGUUCCCAGGAUUUCUACGACAUCAGCCUUGUCGACGGCUACAACCUGGAGAUGAUUGUGGAGGCCAGCGGCGGCUCCGGCGACUGCUCAUCCACAGGGUGCAUCACCGAAUUGAACCGGAAGUACCCAGCGGAGCUGAGAUCGGAGGACGGUGCUGCCUGA